AUGCCUCCGAAACGCCAAUACUCUCACGGAGAGCGCGUCGGUCAUAUUCCUAACCGGCAAUCAAACGUCGAGGACUAUUUCAAUCCCAAUCACCCGCUUACACCUCCCGAUACGAAGCGUUCCAGGGCGAACGAGAGAAGACCUUCUGUUGCAGGACAAGGACGGGUGUUUGACAGCGGCUUUGGGAAUGCUUUUGAAGACGAGAAGACCGGGGGAGUUCGAUUCUGGGACUCUGAUCAGUUGAACUUGAGUCCAGAUAGUUCGCCUUUUCCUCCCGUGUCGCAGGACAGAUACGGAGGUGGUCAAGAUCCUAGGGUUGAAGAUGUUUCAGAAGGCGAUCUGGACACUGAUAUCACUCUGCCGGAAGACAGUGGCUAUGUGAAUCAGAGUCUGAUAGCCAAUCUGAAAGAGUCGAAAACAACUGCGGAGAGGGUAUGGGCAAACGAGGACGAUCUUGGGCCAUUUGGAGAGCCGUACCUUGUAGAUCCCGAAGAGCCCACCGGGCCCAAGAUUGAAAAGUCUGACGAGGCUUUCAACAUGACAGUAGAGAUGGCUCUAGCUGAUUUCGAGGAAAAAAAACGUGCCUUUGAGCAGUCUCAAAAGAUUCUGCGGGAUGUGCUUGAGAAUUCCAAGAGCUGGGGCGAGUGUCCGAGUCCAGAUAGACGGUACAACUCUGAGGUUCCUAACGGAACUCCGAAAGAAAAGUCUUCAGACAAGGUCUAUGUCUCGGUGCCGAUUGAGGAACCUCCGCAGAGUGAUUCGUUGGACCAUGUUGGAGACCGGUUUGCAGAUGCAGUUUGUCAGGGAAGUGUAGAAGAGGUGGGGGGUUCAGGGGAGCAGAACUGUCCUCAUCAGUUGACGUCUGGCCCUGCCUCGACUUCCAAUUGUCGUCCCAGUCUAAAAGAACAAGUCGAGAGCGAGGAAGCCAUGCAGGGCCCCUGGAAGGUUCCUGCUGUUGAAACUGUUGAGCUGAUCAAACAACUAAGGCGGGCUAAACUAGAUGAGAACAUCCAGCAGACUGCAAAGGCUUCAAAGGCUUUUGCAUCAAAGGUUCCUGCUUCAAAGGUUCCUGCUUCAAAGUCUCCAGCUCUAAAAGUUGUGCAGGCCAAACAGGGCAGACGGGCCAAUCCUGUCCGGGCGGUUCGACAGAAUCCACAGCCUCGAAUAGUCGUUAUCACUCCAGACACCGGAAGAGAUUCGGACGAUAUUUUAGACUACCCUUCUGAAGACGGCACUCACACGGAGUCUGGCAGUGGGUCUGAGAGUGAAUCUGUGUCUGGUCUGGAAGACGAGGACGACGAGAUUCAGGUAGAGAUUGGGGACUUGUCUGAUGAGUCGGAGUCCAACGAAUCAACCAAGAGAAGCAGGUCCGUCAGGAAAUCUUUCUCCAAACAGUAUCCAUUGGAUGGUACAGAUAGUGAACUGGAGGAGAAUGAGAGUGAGAGCGAGGGUGACCAAGAGGAGAGAGAGGACCAAGAGGAGAGAGAGGACGAGGAAGCCAAUGAUACCCAUUCCGACAAAAAUAAAUACGGUUCCGACGAAUAUGAAACCUAUGGCGUCACUUCUCCGUGCUCAGAAACCAUCCCUAGUGACUAUCCUGAAGUGCCUCACGACGCCGAAAACGAAGAUACAAACGCAAACACGUCCAUGUCCAGACACGAAGUGGAGGUGUCCUUCAACGAAGCCCUGUUCGAGAUCGGUUCAUUUCCUGAGUCUUCACAGAGUACAAUGAACUCUUCCAAGAAUACCUCAUUAUCCAAGAAUACCACAUGUUCCAAAAAGACUUUUACUCUGGAGUGUAUCGAGUACGUAGUUGAGCCGUUCACCACAGUCCAUUGGUGGUUUGUGUGCCCACCUAAUCCCCCAACUGCUGACGCUCCGAUAAUUGUCCAGACUCUGGUGGAUAUAUGUACUCGAAAAGUUGGUGAAAACUCGGACAGACUGCCUCCUCAGAUGAUUGCAGAAUCCAAGAGAGGCUGGGACUUUUGGGGGAACAUCUGGAACGCCAUCCUGGAGCACCACAAGGACACAUUUGCCAUUUUUGUUUGUUUUGCGGCUGCUUUUGGCCAUAGGGCACAGUUUUCGUGUCAUUUGCAAGGCGAUAGUCGGCCUAAACACGUGAUUACUUCUCACCAUCGGCUGCAGCUGAUUGAGGCUCCUCCCGCAAAGAAGGACAUCAGUUACCUGCAGUCGGUGCUCUCUCCGACCAAAGACGAAAUCCCGUUCAGAAACCAUCUGAUUUUGUCAUACUCUGGCAAAAGAGUGGCCGAAAAUGUGCUUUCAUCCCUGCCUACACUCAAGACCCUGUCUGUGUUGGAUCUCCGGAGACUCGGAGUGUCUUCUGGCAAGCUCACGCCAUGGAUCAACAUGCUGAAACGGGGAGAAUGGCCCCACAUGAGAGCCGUUCUAGUUGGUCCAGCUGAGAGUGAGAAAAUGAAGGAGUUUUUGCAGUUUCCGGAAAUGUGGUUUGUUGGUUAUGAGCCGUUGGAGAAGGCUCCCAAAAUCAAGGCAGGAGACAUGUGGUAUCAGUGCACAACCAGGGACAUCCUUGCCAAGGAGAAACGGUGGAAUUUUCAGAAAAGUGGUCUUUUCGAAUCUGUUCUCAAAACUGCGGUUUCAACCAGCCCUUCUUCUCGUUUGUUUGCCCGGCUCAAGGAGUAUCAUCAGGACCCUAAAGUGCAUGGACAUGUGAUUAUCGAGACGAGCUUUGGAGUCGACGUCGAGUCGGGCGUGCAGACAGGUAGACAGCUGCCCGAUGAUUACAUACAUAUGGUGAGGGUGGCUAAAUAG